CGUUUGUGUAAACUUUUAUCGUGCACGUGUAAUAGCUAAUAUCCACUCGUUUCAUUAAGAAAGUUAGAGUUGCUUCACUGGACUGACAGAGAAGAACUGACGAUAAUGGAAGUUCCAUGGAGUUUUAUCCUUAUAUGCACCAUUUUCAUUCUGGGUUCUUCUUCUUCUUCCUUAGCAUCAUCACCAAUAGAGGCGUAUCCCUCUAGCUAUGGAGAUGACUGCAACAUAGUGGUUCCCCCACCACCAAAGAUAGAAGUUUAUGGGAAGAAUGGAAGGAUAAUUGAUAUCACUCAUGAAAUGAGAUCGGAUUUACCAAUAUUUGGUUCACCUGAAGGUGUGGGUCAGCUGUUGCGGCUUGCAGUAAGUAUGAAAAAUGGUUCUUUGUAUAACAUCUCUGAGUUGAAGUUGAUUACCCAUACCGGUACUCAUGUUGAUGCACCUGGACACUUCUACGAUCACUAUUUCGAUGCUGGGUUUGAUGUUAAUUCACUCGAUCUUGAUCUUCUCAAUGGUCCUGUACUUCUAGUGGAUGUUCCUAGAAAUAUGAACAUUACUGCUGAAGCUAUGGAGUCUUUAAACAUUCCAAGAGGAGUGCGUCGAGUGUUAUUCAGAACAUUAAACACUGACAAGUUGCUUAUGUACAGAAACCAGUUCGACACCAGUUUUGUUGGUUUUACACAGGAUGGAGCACAGUGGCUGAAAGAUCACACUGAUAUCAAGAUGGUUGGAGUUGAUUACUUAUCCGUUGCUUCAUGGGACGACAAUGUUUCUGCUCAUCUCGUGUUUCUUAAAGGCAGGGACAUCAUUAUUGUGGAAGGCCUGAAACCGGAUGGUAUCGACGCUGGGCUGUAUUCUUCUGUGCAUUGCUUACCUCUGAGAUUGGUUGGUGCGGAGGGAUCUCCAAUAAGAUGCAUUCUGAUAAAAUGAUAAUAAUUUCCGCGUAACCUCACAGUCUUACUACACUCUUGCGGUUAAUAGACGAGCAUUUUCAGUUCA